AUGACACAUUGGGCAAAUAACAAGACUCUCGAUGGGCAAAAACAUCAACUCAAUCAAUUAAACAAUAUGACAAUGGCAACUGAUUGCACGAGAGACAUGCACCAGGAUGGACUAAUCCUACCACGGAAGCCGGCCAACCCAUGCCUGACCUCCGCCGAUCAUCAAAACCUUCAUCGAGAACUCUUAUUCAAUCAAAAAAUCGGAAAAAAUGUUCUGGGACAAAAAUCAGAAUUGCAAAAAGCGCUGGAGAAACACAAGCGAACGCAAAAUCAGAAGGAGAUCGAACAACAAAAGAACUCUUGCCGCACACCAUUCGAACGAAUGAUUGAAGAGCGGGCCAAAAAAAUCGAAACGCAAAUGGAAAAAACUGAUGCAAAAGAAAAGGACGAUGAUAAACCAGAAUUUCUACAGGUCCAUGCUAAACUGCGAGCCAAAAUGGCCAAAACAGACUGA